AAUAUGAAGCACAGUGCCGCUCAGGCUGAAGGAAGGAGCUCAGCAUUUGGACAGCAGUGACGCCUGUGGAGAUAGGCGUAUGGGAGGUGGGCGCUGGUGAGCGCUGACCGGCCCCUGCGCUCUCCCCCCGAUCGUGCCAAGCGCAUAGCAGGGAUUUUCGACUUCUCCGGCCUCUUUCUAUUUUUUUAAAAACAGCGCUCCGUAACUGUGAACGGAGACAGCCUCAGCUCUGUCAGAAAGCUCCCCUUCUGGCAGACAAGCAGUCUCUGAGUUGAACUGUGGGUUUUCAAGUAAGAAAUCCAGACGGAACUACAGCUCCCAGGAGCCUGGGCGCUGCCCCGCCCGCCGGGAGGCGGACGGAAGCGCAGAAGCGCGGGUGCACGAGGAAGUGGCGUCCAUCCCGCCCCAGGGCUGGAGCUGCUGCGGGGAGAUGGAGUUCUCCCAGCUGCUCUUCGUGAUCAGCGAGGCGCUGGACAGGACUGAGCUGGCAUCUCUGAAGUUUCUCAGCCUGGAGCACGUCACUGUAAGGAGGCGGGAAGAUAUUGAGGAGCCCAAGGCCUUCUUCCAAGCAUUACAAGAGAAAGGGAUGAUUGAGGUGGGAGACCUGUUCUUCUUGAAGGAGCUGCUCUACCGCAUCAAUCGGAUGGACCUUCUGGCUUCCCACCUGGGCUCCAGCCGAGAGGAGAUGGAGAGGGAGCUCCAGGUCCCAGGCAGGGCACGGGUGUCUCCAUUCAGAUAUCUGCUCUUUCAGCUGUCAGAAAACAUCACCAAAGAUGACAUGAAAUGUUUCAAGUUUCUUUUGGGAAAAGAAUUACCAAAAUGCAAGCUAAGUCCUGAAACUACAAUGCUCGACGUUUUCAUUGAGAUGGAGAAGAAGGGGAUUUUGAGAGAAGACAACUUAACUGUCCUGAAGACUAUUUGUGGAAAAGUGGACAAGAGCCUGUUGAAGAAAAUUGAAGAGUAUGGAUUAAACUCAUUUGGUGAAGGAGAGAUGCUUGUAACAGAGGGGCAAAGAAGCAGCACAGGAGCCCCUGAAGACAGUGCCAUAUGGCUGGCAUCAUCUGUGGCACCUGAUUCUCUCGGCAACUGUGAUCAGCCUUCACAGCUUGAAGUUUAUAAAAUGACCAGCCGACCCCGUGGAGUUUGCCUGAUCCUGAAUAAUCACAAUUUUGCAAAAGCCAGGGAAGCAGUGCCAGAACUCAGAAAGAUGAAAAAUCGGAAUGGGACAGAUGUGGAUGCAGAUGCUCUGAGAAAAGUCUUUAGCAACCUUCAUUUUACAGUAGCAGAAUACAAAGACUGCACUGCAGAGGAAAUCCGUAAGAUAGUGAACAACUAUCGGUGCAUGGACCACAACAACAAAGACUGUUUUGUUUGCUGUAUUCUCUCUCAUGGAAAAAAAGGCAUCAUAUACGGUGUUGAUGGGCAGGAAGUACCUAUCCAGGAACUGACCACUUCUUUCACUGGGCAAAAUUGCCAAUCACUUGCUGGAAAACCAAAAGUCUUCUUCGUUCAGGCUUGCCAAGGUGAUGCUUAUCAGAAAGGUGUAACCAUUGAAACAGAUUCCGGGCAGCAAGAUCAUUCUUUAGAAACGGAUGCAAGAUUUCAGCUGGACUGCAUCCCCUCAGAGGCAGACUUCCUCUUGGGCAUGGCUACCCUGCAAGAUUACGUCUCCUACAGAAGCCCAAGCCAGGGGACCUGGUACAUACAGUCACUAUGCCAACACUUGGAGAACAGCUGUCCUCGAGGAGAAGAUAUUCUCACCAUACUGACAGCAGUGAAUCAAGAGGUGGGCAGCAAGAUUGACAAGCAGAAUGCAGGAAAGCAAAUGCCACAGCCCAGUUUCACACUGAGGAAAAAACUUAUAUUUCCUGUAAACUAAAUGGGAGCAGAGGCAGAAAGCACUGCAGAAACCUGAAAACCACUUAUCUCAGCUGAGAAUUCAGUAAAACAUCAGUCUGCUCCCAGCAGAAUAUAUAUAUAUAUAUGAAUGUUUUUAUUGGUAACAGAUAAGGAAUAAAAGCUUUAUGAAUGUAAGAGUUAAUUUAGGUGAUGCUUUUUAUACUUGAAAGCUGGUCUCCAGUUUGGAACCUUACAAUAGAUUGAAGGCCCUUCCAGCUGUACCUACCGUUGCUGUUGUUUUGUUAAGAUACUUUUCAAAUACAAAUUCAUAUAAAGCCUUGUGUACUUUAUGUUUAACUUUUCAUAAAAGACGUGGGACUGCAAAUUUUAUAGAA